UUGUUCCAGCAAAGGUUCGGUCUGAAUCUGAGGGAUUUCUUCAGUAAUUGCACCUUCUCUGAGACGCCACCCUCAUUUCUCGCUUGUAAAACAGGUGUUUCGGAUCACUGGCUUGGUCAACCAGUCAAUGUUCUAGUUCUUCUAACCAUCUUCAUCACAGUGCAUUUCGUUUUCUCCAUCGUGUGUAUGACUCUGCCGGUUCCCUCCGGUGUGUUUAUGCCCAUUUUUGUUCUUGGAGCAGCAAUUGGUAGGCUGAUGGGAGAGGUGAGCACUUUUCCAAAGAAGGAGAUCCAUAAGUCGCUUCCAGCACAGGUUCUAGUUCUUCCCACCACGUUUACUAGCAAACGUUUUGAGCAGCUUCGAGAUUACUUUCCCAAAAGUUUUUUGUAG